GUCCUGGGGACCCACCCUAUGGGGUCUUGUGUCUCUCCUGAAUCCUUCCCAGACUUCUAUCCAGGGCUUUUAAAAGCUCUCUCCAUCCAGAGACAGGGGUCACUGUGAGCAUGAGCACUAUAGGUCUGGCUGAACAGGAGUAAUGAAACCUGAGCCUCCUACAAACGGUGAAGUUUAGCGGAGGAAAGGGCCGCGGCCAUGAAUUCCAGGCCCCCAUUCCACCCCUCCCCCGGCCCAGCAGGUGGCGCUGUGUGAAAAAAGCCACAGGCGGAAGUAGACGUCUCGGUUCUCGCUGCGCCAAAAAUCCUACUUUGCCUUGGUUACGGAGAGACGGAACUAGAAGGUUGCUCACGUGGGUGCGGGUGCACGUGACUCACCUGCUCCGCAGGCUGCGUGGGCUUAGUAGCUGAGGUGCUGGCCAGAGGCCCCGGGCUUCCUGAUACCACGAUAGGAAGCCAGGCCUCCCAGUUCUUCUGACUGCCUCGGGCCCGGGGCCCAGAGACGGGAUCCACCGGGCGGGAAGGGAGUGGCCGCUGUCUCGUCUAUACCGCAGAUCCGACUGCAGCCGGGUGGCAAGUGCGCGACAUGCUGCGACUGCAGCCUCGCCCCGGGGCCCCUGCCAGGUGCGCUCUGGCCUUUCUCUCGGCGCGGCUCCUCUCUCGGAACAGCUCGCCCGCGAGGAGGCCCCCCUGGAAGUCGGGGCCCCGGCCCGAGGCCCGGCCAGGGGGCGUGGAGCUGUUCUGCCUCCGGGAGGACGACCUGCCCCAGGCCCGCCGGCACGAAGUCCUGUUCGGGCUGGCGCCCUGUGCCCUAGCCCUGCGGGCUUCCCGGCGGGAUGUGGCCCGUCUCCUCCUACUAAAAGGGGGCGCGGGGAGCGGGGAGCGGGCUGAGCUGGCCCGGGCCGCCGAGGCCCAGGGCAUCCCAGUGCAGCUGAUGCAGCGCCGGGAGCUGGAUGCUUUGUGCAGGGGUCAAGUUCAUCAGGGCGUGUGCAUGGAGGUGGCCCCGCUAGUCCCCAAAGCCUGGCCGGAAGGCAGCGAGGACUGGCCAGAGGAGGGACCGGCGGCGCGGCGUCUGUGGCUAAUCCUGGACGAGAUCCAAGACCCUCGGAACCUGGGAGCCCUGCUGCGCACCGCACACUUCCUGGGCGUGGACAAGGUCAUUACCAGCAAGAGGAACAGUUGCCCCCUGACCCCAGUGGUUAGCAAGGCCAGUGCAGGAGUCAUGGAGGUAAUGGAUGUCUUUGCAACUGAUGAUCUUCCAGGCUUGCUGAAGGCUAAAGCUGGACAGGGCUGGCUUGUUGCUGGCACUGUGGGCUUCCCAGGGCCUGGGAUUGCUCAGUCCUCUGACGUCCCCAUCACCAGUUGUCUAGAGUUCCUCUGGGACCGAUCUACUCUCCUGGUGUUAGGGAAUGAAGGUUCUGGGCUGUCCCAUGAGGUCAGAAGCUUGUGCCACGUUCUCCUAACCGUCUUACCAAGGCGGGAGCGUGCCCCGCAAGUGGAGUCCUUGAAUGUCUCUGUGGCUGCAGGAAUCCUCCUCCAUUCCAUCAUCAGCCAGAGGAAGGGACAGGAGGACUUGUUUAAGAAGGAAGCAAAUACUGUUGCCUGUGAUUCUUUAGAUUGCUCAGCUUCUGCAGAACCUGAACCGAGAGCCAGCCAAGGCCUCAGGGUCUGGAUACCAGAGGUGGAUGAAGAACCCAGACCAGGAAGAGAGAGACCAAAGGGGAGCUGAUCUGGCUCCCAGGCAUUACCCGUGUGCACAUGUGUGUAUGUAUGUGUGGUUAUUCUUUUAAGACUUGGCUUGUGUUCCUCCGCCUCCUAUGUGAAAUGAAGCUUUUCUGGAUCCUCAUCUAGCUGCUAGAGGCCCUAUAUCUGCCCUUGCCCCAACCACUUUGUAUCUGUUGUCUUCCCUAAUAGAGUGUAAGCUCCAUGAGGGCAAGGACUGUCUUUGUAUGUCAGGGUAGUAGAGAGCUUGGUGAUUCAGUAUAUGAGCAAGUCCAAAUCCAUUUGAGUCCUUGAGAGUGUGUUUGUGGGUGUGUUUACAUGCACACAAAACACACUAAUGUGCAUUUCUUGAUAAUAGAUGUAGCCCACAUGGGGGCUGAUGGGAGGAAAUCCAUUCACUAUGUCAUUGAACUUUGCUCAAAAAAUAAUUUGACAACAAUCACCUGUUCAUUCUGUUGGUGGGGAGGAUGGGACAGUGUUCUUCACCUUCUCUUAGGACGAGGGGAAGGCAAAUGCCUGGACUAAGGGAUUUUUCUUUAUGAUUGGUUUCAAAUCCUGCCUCAGACACUAAUUAGGUAACUGGGCAAUUCACUAUGCCCCUUGUCCCUCAGUUUCUUCAUCUGUAAAAUGGGGAUAAUGAUAGAACCUCCUUUGAAGGGUUGAUGUAAGGAUCAAAGGAAAAAUGUGUGACAUGGUUUGUAAGCCCCAAAGUGCUAGAUAAAUGUGAGCUUCUUAUGUAUAUAUGUGUGCAUGUAGUGUGUAGUUAUUUUAUCAUUUUGGUGGGGUCUGAUGUCGUCACCCCAGGCCGAGAAAGGUUUAUGGGAGAAGGAAAUGUAAUGACUCAUUGAUCUCACUGGUAGAGAGUU